AUGAAUUUGAGCACUGCCGAGGAAGAAUCGGCGCAAGAAAUUCAUAUUCCCGCUGAAAUUGAUUGGCAAAUGCUUGAUAAAUCCAAGUUCUUCUUCCUUGGAGCAGCUCUUUUUUCGGGUGUAUCGGCGACUCUUUACCCUGUUGUGGUGUUGAAAACCCGGCAACAAGUAGCUCAAUCCCAAGUUUCUUGCCUCAAAACUGCGAUUUCAAUGGUUAGGCACGAGGGUUUUAGGGCAUUGUACAGAGGAUUUGGGACUUCUUUGAUGGGUACAAUACCUGCCCGGGCGCUGUACAUGGCAGCGCUUGAGGUCACUAAGAGUAAAGUCGGAACUGCCACGAUUAGGUUAGGAAUUUCAGAGUCCACGGCAGCCGCCAUUGCCAAUGCAGCUGCAGGGUUGAGUGCAGCAAUGGCUGCACAGAUUGUGUGGACUCCAGUUGAUGUUGUGAGUCAGAGACUCAUGGUGCAAGGUGGUGUGAAAUCAAGUUCCAAAUUUCCUAAUGCAUCUGAUUGUAAAUAUGUUAAUGGGAUCGAUGCAUUCAGGAAAAUUAUUAAGACGGAUGGGCCAAGAGGAUUGUAUAGAGGGUUUGGGAUAUCUAUUUUGACAUAUGCACCAUCCAAUGCAGUUUGGUGGGCAUCUUACUCUGUUGCUCAAAGAAUGGUUUGGGGUGGAGUUGGGUAUCAUUUUUGUAAGAAAAGUGAUGAAAGCAAUGAGGAUGGGGUUACCACAUAUACACCGGAUUCGAAAACAAUAAUGGCAGUUCAGGGAGUCAGUGCAGCCAUGGCGGGCGGCAUGUCAGCCCUAAUCACAAUGCCCCUCGAUACAGUUAAGACAAGGUUGCAAGUUUUGGAUGGGGAGGACAAUGGCCGGCGUGGACCAACAAUCGGACAGACUGUUCGGAAUCUGGUUAAGGAAGGUGGAUGGACAGCUUGUUACAGAGGAUUGGGGCCGCGGUGGGCUUCAAUGUCGAUUUCUGCAACCACAAUGAUCACCACCUAUGAGUUUCUCAAACGGCUUUCCACAAAGAACCAAGAGGUUUUGACAUGA